AUGGGCACCAAAACCUGCUGCGCAGUGAAAUCUGUGGACCUCCUAAUGGACAGACCCUACGGUGCUGGCCUCAAUCAGGAGCAGCCGCAGAACGCCGAUCGUUGGUGGCAUCAGAUCAGGCCAUCAGGGCCGAGGCAAAGCAGCAGUUUCUGCCUGCAGAGGGCAUGGUGUGGAAAAUGUGGCCGCGGCCGCCCGCUGAGCCGGGCGGCCGCCGGCGACGAUCGGGGGCCCGGUGGCGGUGGGCGGUGGGCGGAGGCGCGGAGCUUGCCUGGCCGCGGAUCUGGAUGCGAGUGCGAGCACGCCACGCGAGACGUGACCCUUUAUUUGCAACAUCUUAGUUCCUUGUUUCAUGUUGCCUCGGUGCAGUCAAGGAGGGAAUAUGAACAGCAGGUGGCCAAUGAAGAAGCGGAACAACUGCGCAGUUUCCAUGAGGCUGUGGCUGCCCGAUCCAAUAUUGUCCAUGAACUUGAGACUCCUACAGUCUCUAGACCAGAGGAGAGCAGGCCUAAGCCACCUACGAAGAGGAGCCAGCCUGCGCUCCUGAAAAAUGUAAUAAUUUCUGUGAAGCCGCAAGCCAAGAAAGCAAAGGUUGAUGCGGAAGCUAAGCCUGCACCCGAGGAGCAGCAGCCUUCAAAUGGUCACGACGCGGACCAAAAGCCACCAUCGGAUGCCACCAAGGCCACGCUGGGCUCUCUGGUGGCUUACGAUGAUGACGAAAGUGGCGACGACCAAGAUUGACAGCGUUUGUCUAGAAAUCAGGUAUGGAUACCGCAAGCUCAUAGGAAGAGGAGAUGCAAUGGACGUGUGGAGCUGCAGCAGCCUGUGAGGUUUGCUCGACCAGAGGCCAAAUGGGCUUCUCAGGUUGUCCCUAUUCACAGGAAGGAUCUGCUGAAAUUUUCUUGUACGAAGGUUGCAGACAGUUUGAUUUGGAUAUGUGCUGACUAAUGAAUUCUGUAGCAUAGGAUCUCUGUUUUUGUAAAACGAACUUUGUAGCAAGUAGUUGCAUUUAUUUGGUCAGCCAGCAUUUUCUCCA